AUGAUGGAUGGAAUACCGCAAGACAUGACUGAAGAUGACGUUUCAUCAGAGCUUCGAGAUGCGUAUCAUAUUGGCGGGCUUGAAGACAUUCGGGUGAUUCGGGAUAGACAAACAAAGGUAUCUCGAGGGCUGGGCUUCCUUCGGUUCGCAUCUAUUGAAGAAUCACGCGACUUCCUUGAAUGGAACUACCCAUACAUUUACUUCUAUGGCCCAACUGCCGGCAACGACGAUCGAGCCACCAAAGUCCGCAUCGCAUACAGCCGUGAGCGAGAGGACCGAGCUCGGGCAAAAGCAGAGGGUGACUGGACCUGUCGCAUGUGUGCGGUUGUCAAUUUUGCGACUCGUCCCAAGUGUUUCCGCUGCAACGCUCCCCGGCCAGAAAUGGCAAUGGCUCCUGUCGGUCCCCCUGGUGUUCCGAUCCCGAAGAUGGUCAACAACGGUGACAAUGAUGCGGCGCCUGAGAACCAGCCAUCUCAAUUCCUACUUUUCCGAGGACUGGACUCUUCUGUGACAGAGGAGCUGUUCGCGAGGGGUGCUGCCAAGCUCUACCGACCUACUUCGAGCAAUAACGACAAUACAUCAAACAAUUCAAAGAAGGGUGGAAAAGUGGCAUCAACAACUGGCGAUUCGAAUUUGGGAGCUCGAGAGGGCUCCAUUCGCCGCGUCUUGCUUGUCCGAGACCGAAAGACCAAUGAGAGCUGGCACUACGGGUUUGCCGAGUUCGCUAACGUGAUGGACGCCCAGGCUGCCAUUCAGCGACUGAACUCCUUUGUCAAGUUCACCAUCUCCUCCAAGCCUGUCAUGGUCAGCUACAUCCACGCAGGCGUGUUUGUACCGGUCAUGAACCCCAACUCACACACUGAGCGCUUCACUUUCAGCCCAUUGAAUAACCCUGCUGUGAAGCUCAUGUAUUGGGACGACGAAGGGUAUGUGACCGAACUCACGGUGUCUUCGGGCGACGAUGAUGUCCAGAAGGACCAACAGGAAGGCCAAGCCAAGGGCUCCAAAGAUACAGAGAAAGCCAAGAAGAGAAAGGCCGAAGCCGCUCCUACUGCGGCUGCAAAGAAGACGGCCGUGCCUGCUCAUCUGCAGUUCUGGAGUAACCGGCAUGCAGAACUUCAUGGAAUUCCUAAGGAUAGCGAUGGCAAUCCUAUGGACGCCCAACAGGGCGACUCGGCUCUCGAUCCAAACGCCCCGCCUACCCAGUCUUAUGCAGAUGUCAACCGUAACUGCUGCUAUCUGUGUAUGCGCCUGUUCAAGAGUACCGCCAAUGUCCACCGGCACGAGCGACUCAGCGAGCUUCACCGAGAUAACUUGCAGAACGAGGAGGCACGAAACCGUGGCAUGGCCAAAUUGAUCAAGCACGGAAUAGUCCCGCCAACGGCUGAAUAUCGGGAUCGGGCUCGAGAGCGACGACGAGCAUUCGGGCCAAGCAAAACCGCUGCCCCGCCGAAAGCAGCACCGCCGAAGAAAGAAGAAGAGGCGCCCGUCCAAAGCACAUCCAAGGGUGCUUCGUUGCUCAGCAAGAUGGGUUGGUCGGAGGGUUCCGGCUUGGGUGCUCAAGGUACAGGUGUUACGGCUCCCAUUGCUACCGAGGUCUAUGCCCAAGGUGUUGGGCUAGGCGCGCAGGGGAGCAAGAUUGGCGAUGCAGUUGAAGAGGCGGGCCGCAACACACGUGGUCGGUACGAGGAGUUCCUGGAGAAGACCAAGGCGAACGCUCGCCAGCGGUACGACAGGCUGAGCUAG